CCGAACCGUACAGUCGCGUUUAUUUCUGUAUCGUAUACAUUAUUUUUUUUUUAUUCCAAUAUUUAAGAGAGAAAAAAGAAACUAUUUUGGGAGUAUUGGUUCUGUUGUUAGUUACAUAUUUGAUUUCACAAUAACAGCAAUCCACACACGGUUUUCAAAACAAGUUUAUACGACGAACCGAGUCGACGUGUUGUGAUUGUAUGUGCGUCUACUUAUGAGUGUGUGCAUUUGUGAGUGUUUGUAUUCACAUGAAUUUUGAUAUUUUCGAUUUGUUUCGUGUACGCUGUACGUUGUUUAAAUUAAACGAAGAGUGUCUGCAGUCGCGUUAAUAAAUUUGUAUCGUUUUUCAUUUAGUUGUUUUUUUUCUGUCUUCAUCGUUGGUUCGUUGUGCGUGUAUGCGUUGGCUUUAAUAUUUAAAUUUAUCUCAUAUUCGAACUAUAAGCGAGUGCAAGGCGACGACCCAAACUAAGAAAAAUCAACAAGACUUGUAAGAUAAAUGGGAAAAAAAGACGCGAAUAUAAAGGAACGGAGAGAAAGAGAAAAAAAAACACGAAGAAAUUCAUGCGACUAAAUUGGAUGGAACAGAAUAUUUCAUUUUAAAACGUGUUCGAGAAUUUUUCCUUUUACUGCCCGGUUUUAAGUGCAUUUUCUUCGGAGUGAUUUUUAUCGACGACGCAAAUGUUACAUUUUAUUUUAUUUUCAAAAGAAGUGGACAGUUUUGUUUAUGUUUAUUGAACUCAAAACAUUUUUACAAAAUUAAUUUAAUACAUCGCUCAAUCUCCGCGGUGUAAGGACUGCCAUACAAAUGUGACAUUGAAUGUAAAUGUUUUGAAUUGCAAAACUAAAUAAAAUAAGAAAACAUUUAUAUACCUCAUCUACAUUGGAAUAUCGCACGUUCAACUAAUUUAUUCUAAAAAUAGAAGUUUGUAAACAAUAACGAUAAUUUGCAAAACUGUAAACUUACGUAAAAUUUUCGCCCCAGUAAAAUAUACCGACCACACCGAAAAUCGACCAAAAACCACAACAAGAUAUGAACUUUGAAUAUUGACGACAACGACAACAACGAUGACAUAGACUGCGAAAAAAAAACUAAACCGGUCUACAAAGCAAUUUAAAUUGAAGUCCAAACAUUGCGGCUUUACGAAUAUAUUUCAAUUAAUUUUUGGAUCAUUUCUAUGCAUACUAUCAUCGCACAGAUUUGAUUUCAUUAAAACGUGAGCAAUUCUAAAUGGAUUGCAUGAACAAACAUGGUUCUGGGAAAAAUGGAUUAUUCGGAUUAUGAUUCUUCAUCAAUGUAUUCAGAUGAAUCGGGUUUAGAAGUACCAAAUACUACAACAAUCAGAUUACGACCUCAUAGCCAAAGUUCUUCCGAACGAACGAAUUCGUAUCGCUUUUCGAUGGCAAAUUUAGAAGAAACACACGAAGCGGAAUUGGAUGCGAUUCUCGGCGAACUAAGUUUAUUGGAGCAACACGCUACUAAAUCAACAACAAAUUCGAACGGAACCGAAAGCAAAACCAACAUGAACAACAUACAGACCACUGCAGCAAUCAUGUCGCCUAUACGAAAUGGUCGAACACAUUCGCGAUCGAAUUCAACAGUAUCGGGUGUGACAAAUUCAUCGAUUUCAAUUUCAUCGGAAAGUGGUAAUGGCAGCGGAUCCGACUCAGGCAGCGCUGGUGCCAUGCGAGAAUCACGUACUGAAAGUCCUGACAACGAUUCAGCUUUUAGCGAUACCGUUUCGUUGCUUUCAAGCGAAUCGUCUGCAUCGAGCAACAUAAGUAAUCUCACAGGAAAUGGAAAAAAUAUCCUGUCAAUGAAUUUGAAUCUUCUGCAAUGUGAUAGUGCAAAGGCAGCGAAAAUACAUUUGGCUUUGCAAAAAUUAGAGCAAGCAUCAAUUAGACGUUUAUUCGUAAAGGCAUUUACAGCCGAUGGAGCGUCCAAGUCGUUACUCGUGGACGAAAGCAUGACCUGUGGCCACGUGACACGACUUCUUGCUGAUAAAAAUCACGUUCAAAUGGAACCGCUUUGGGCAUUAGUAGAACAUUUACCUGAUCUUCAAAUGGAACGUUUAUUUGAAGACCAUGAGCUCCUUGUGGACAACUUGAUGAAUUGGAGUAACGACUCGAAAAAUCGAGUAUUGUUUCUGCAGAGAAGUGAUAAAGUAGCGCUGUUCCACACGCCAGAAAAGUUCCUGAACGGCACACAAAUGGCUCCGGGCAAUGACCAUGACGAGCAUACGAGAACAAUGCUUUUGGACGAGCAUUUUUCAAGCGGCAAUCAGAUUGCGAUGGAAGGACCGUUAUACGUAAAAAUCGAGUCGAAAAAAGUUUGGAAACGUUAUCAUUUUGUGUUGCGAGCAUCUGGAAUUUAUUACUAUCCGAAAGAAAAAACUAAAUCGCCACGCGAUCUACUAUGUCACAGCUUGUUUGCGGGUAAUGAUGUGUACAAGGGAAUUGGAUGGAAAAAGAAGCAUAAGGCGCCAACGGAAUAUACAUUUGCGUUAAAGUCACAGAAAGAGACGACGUGCAGUGCAAAGGGAAAUGCACGCGGCAUUAAAAUGCUGUGCGCCGAAGAUAUGGAAACGUUAGAAAAAUGGGUUAUGGCUAUUCGUGUUGCAAAAUAUGGAAAACAAUUGUUGGACAAUCAUCGUGCAUUGGUCGAAGAUUUGGCAAACGAAGAAUUGGAUAAAUUUUCAUCGAAUCGCAGCAGCUCAAUAGGAAGCAUUGUGUCAUCGGUUCCGUCGCAAUGCAGCAGUAAUGAAAGUACUAAUAUUGUGAAUAAUAAUAAUACAAUGGCUUCAUCAAACGGACGUUUGUCGCGAGCUUCGAGUUCAAGCUCCAGCGGUUGUUUGUCCGAUGAAAAUAAUGCUUUUGACUCCGACUUUCCAACCGGAACAAUCAAAAGAAAACCCUCAAUGAAACCAAAUCUGCCAUUAACUUCAAUGACACGUCAAUUGAAAGAGCGCAACAGCAUUGACGAUUCAUCAAAUCCAGCAUCGCCAGAGCGUGGCGGUACUUUAACAAGACGUCACAGUCGACGAAGAAGCGAAGAAAGUGGUGGCAGCAACAACAGUACAUUGAAACGACGACCAAAUAAUUGUGCACGCGGUUCAGUAGAUAGUUCUUCAACACAAGCAUCCUCAUUGAACUCACCAAGCACACCAACCACUCAUGUGCCCAUUAUUAUAAACAAUGUAGAUCACAUCGAUGCAUCUCCAAUUAGCCCUCUAGAAGCAAUGCCAUCGUGCAUGACAGAUUCAAUGUUCUCAUUGCCACCACCACCGGAAGGCGACAGUCUCCUUACCGGAUCGACAUUCUCUUUAGAUUCAUUGCCAGCUCCACCAUCACCAAGUGAGUUAAAUGCAAUGAACGAAUUACAACAAAGCAUGCAACCUCCACCACCGCCACCAAAUGACUUGCAACCCAUUUAUGUAUCACAACAAAAGAUGUGUUUCAUCAAUAACAUAAAUAACAAUAAUCCAAUUCAACAAAUUGCCGGAUUUGAUGAAUGCGAUCGGGUAAGCGACGCUCCCAAAGUAUCAAAUGAAAUUCAAUCGCAACCCAUAUACGUGUCCUCAAUAAAACCAUCAAUUAAAGCGCCACCCUAUAAGAAUCCGCCAGCUUACAAUGGCGCCCCAAGUAGCCCGUCAAGCAUCUCUAGUCCAAGUGCACAGAAAACCGUAACAUUUGCCGAUUCACCAAUUUUGCUUCGCCGAAAAGUGUGCUUCGAAGACGAAGUGGUAGGUAAUCAAUCGCCACAACAAAAUCCAUCAUCUCCACGUCGAAUGUCAAAAGAUACAGCAGCUCCGAUGCCACCACCAAGAGCCGAAGGUACUCGAUUAUCAACAAUUUCAUCACCACGGCGGCUAGCCGACUCAACAUCAAAUCCGCCGCAUGAUUUUUUGCAAGAUUUACAACGUGUGAUGCGCAAAAAAUGGCAAAUUUCGCAAAAAUGUAAACUAGAACCGACAACAACACCUCACGAAGUGCUUGGAUUCCGUGACUUUGACAACAAUGCAGCCGGUAUGAAUAUGGAGUACCAUGAUACAUCACAUUAUUAUCGAGAAUCGUCGAAUGUGAGCAAUUGGGUGCAAGAGCAUUACGGAGCCGUUACGGUUGACAAUUUAUAUGCAAAUCUUGGUACGGCCGCCGCUGGUGACCGAUGCACAGCACCCUUACCAAUCAUGAAAAAGCGUCCACCUCCUCCGCCACCAAAGCGUAAUACAACUACCGUCUUAACACACCGAACCUAAACACAACUAUUAGCUAUUCGCGAUCGAGAUGAAUUUUAAUCUUAACAGAAGUAAAUGUGCCAUUUCCCUUGUAUCAACAACUCUAAGAAUCGAACAAACUUGAAA